GCGUUGGCAACACGGUCAGAGAAUGUUGUGGUUCUGUCAAAAAAAAAAAAGAAAGUAAAUAACAAAGCUCUACUCUUUUUCUUCAGAAUUUUCAGGGAUAUAGGCCAGUGUCUGGGAGACGUUAGCAGCAGAUAUAUUUAGCCAAGAUGGGUGAUGGAAUGCUAUCCCUGUCUUGGAACAAUCACCAUGCUACUUUCUGUGAUAUAUUAAGUAAAUUAAGAGAAAAGGAAAGCUACACAGAUGUAACACUGUCCUGUGAAGGAAAUUUUUAUCCAUUGCAUAAAUUAGUCUUGUCAACGUGUAGUGAAUAUUUUGAGAAAAUAUUUGAAAGAACACCAUGUAAACAUCCAGUGAUUGUGCUAAAUGACAUUAAGUGCAGAGAACUUGAGGCACUGUUGAGCUAUAUGUAUGCUGGGGAAGUGAGUGUGCCACAGAGCAACCUAGCUAUGCUUAUAAAAGUGGCAGAAGUCCUGCAGAUCAAGGGCCUGGCAGUGCCUGACACGCCCCCAGCUCCUGCCAAAUCUAAGACAAGUUCUCUCGAGUCUGGGACCGAGAGAAGCAGCCCACACCCUCCUAAAAGACGCAGGACGGAGGAAAGACUCGUAGACACCACCAGAACGAUGCACGAAUCCACAAGUCCCAACGUCAGAUUGAACCCCACCGAGAAAGGGAGACAAGUGACUCAUGAAGAGGGACACCCCAGGAAAGGCCAGGAAGAAGCUCAAGACCCUCUUUCUGUGUCUGAGAUUGGGCGGGAAGAUUACUAUGCUGCGGAAAUUAAAGAGGAGAUUAUCGAGGAUGUGGUUGACACUGAAGACACUCAGAUAGGAAGGACAGAUCACAGCAUAGAAUACGAUGCUCAACUUGCCCCUUUCAAAAGUGAGGGCAGUAGUAGAGACAGCAUAUCAGGACACACAGGCUCAGCAGAAUACAGUGAUCCACAUUUUGAACACCUCAACACCUCUGGACUGCAGACAAAUGAAAUGAACCCAGGACCCUCGGAGAUGAUUGAGUGGCAUGACGGCAUAGUAGAAUCGGACAUGACUUCCGGAGAAGGCUGUAGUGGAGUGGGCAUCCUUCAGCCAUCGUCACCCAUGUUAGGCCAGCAAACACCACAGCUUCUAGCACAGCAAGGGGUGAAGUCAGCGAGUGUCAAAAAUGAAGCGAGAGUGGGAGCCAAGUCUUCCUCAUCCUCCCCGGGCAAGAGCUAUAGGUGCCUUAGCUGUCCCUACAGUUUCCCGAGCCCCUCCCUCUUGAGGACGCACAUCCGGACACAUACGGGAGAGAAACCCUUUUCUUGCUCUGUUUGCUCCUACCGCUCGGCCCGGAAGUACGAUCUGAAGACCCACAUGUGGAUCCAUACCAAGGAGAAGACUUAUAAUUGCUCUUUGUGCUCAUUCAAGACAGCCAACAAACAGAAGUUGAAAGUACACCUCAGGGACCAUUCUAGUGAGAAACAGUAGCACCUGCAUUGACCUGCUGCAGGCACUUGAAAACACAAAUGUGAAGAGAUGAUGAUGAAACAGUUUAUUCUGUCCACAUUCUGAAAUUGAAAAUAAUCAGAUAUUUUCAUGUUUUCCUUUUAAGUUCAAAGGAAUGAGAAUGUGUCUUUAUUAUCUUAUCAUGUUUUCAAUUCUGGGUAUUAAUUAUAGAUAAUUGUUUGAUUAUCAUAAAGAAUUUACUCAAUGAUAUGGCCAUUUUGAGUUAACUAAGUAACAGAUAUUCUUUGACAAAUAUCUAGUACUCAAAAAAAAACAUCAGUUGUACAUUGUCACUUGUCACAUAAAAUAUGUAAAAUACCUCUAAGAAAUUUAUAACCUAAUUGUAGGAUAUAUGCUCUGAUAUCUGUCUAUUAGAAUUUAAAUGCUUUGUAUACCUCCUAUAAUAUUUGCUAACAAAAAUGAUAUAUAUUUUAAAAAAUGUAAUUGCUUAGCAUAUACUAUUUUUUCAGUUAAAAAGAAUAAAAAGAUUGGUUUGAUAAAGUUUAAUUAUUCUCAUUAUGUUAUGUAUUACUCCCAAAUAUAAUAAAUAAGAGUGAUCAGCAAUCAGGUAUUUCUAACAUUUGAUUUUUUUGCGUCAUUUGAUUUUGUUAAAAGGGAGGAAAGUAUUAUAUAUAAGUCAUGAAGUACAUAAGAAAAAUGUAUAUAUUAUAUAUAGGAUCUUUAAGAUUGUAUGUUUUGAUAUUAAAUCUCACGGUAAAGUAACUAGAGAAUUUAUUAGCAGACUGUAAUAGUAUUCCUUGACUAUUAAAUCUGUGUCAGUGAUUUUUUUUUAAUCAUCCCAAAAUUAUAAACCGUUACCUAUUUCUAGCAAAAUGAAUGGCUCACUCACAGAGUUAUAUAACUACUAAAUUUUAAAAAGCAGAUGAGGAAUGGGUGCAUUCAUGAAAGAAUUAUCAUAAGAAUUGACCAUAGUUUAAAAGCUUUGAAAGUUGUUUUAUUUUUGGACAUCAUGAUUAUCCUGAAUGUUUUCAUAAGAAAAUAGGGUGCAAGGAAAAUUUAUUUGGAUGUUAACUCAUACAUACCUAUUUGUAAACAAUGCAAAAAAGGAAGUCAAAUAAUAAUUUGACUGUAUAGUAUUGGAACAAGAACAAGAGUUAAUUUGCACAGGGAUACCAUAUGAACCAAUUUGUGAAAGAAAAUAGUUGUUGAUUAUAUGAUCUGUGCAAGAGUGUGAAGUCAGCAUGAUAAACUAAUAUGGAAAAGAACUGGUACUUUUACCAUACAUCUGAGUACUUACAUCAUUAAUAUUAAUUGAGUACUUUUAUCAUUUGAUUUAAUAGUCUAAAUCAUUUGAUCAAAAACUUUUUACCCUGUUUUCAUUUGACUGAAGAAUCAAAUCCC